AUGCCUCACCGAAUUAACAUUCCUCCUGCGACCCGAACUUGUCUCGUCAGCCUCGUCACGCUCUCCUUGCUGUACAACAUCGCCCGAUGGCGACAAAUUGGCCCGACGGGGAAAACACCUACAGCGACACCUAUUGUUCCCUACUUGACCCUUGUCCCAUCGCAGUUCUUCUUUUACCCAUGGACCCUACUUACGGCCACAUUCGUGGAGCAGAAUAUCUUUACGGUACUCCUUAACGCCGCUACUCUGUUCUAUGGUGGGAAAUACUUGGAGCGCGCUUGGGGUUCCAGAGAGUUCGCGAAAUUUAUUGUCAUUAUCGCAGUUGUUCCCAACCUGGUGGUAGCCCUGGUAUACCUACUAUGCGCCGCCAUAGGGGCGAGUUCAGUGAGCGGCCUAACGCAAAUAUGUGGUGGCAUUUCGAUUCAGUCGUCCUUCCUCGUCGCCUUCAAACAACUUGUUCCCGAGCAUACGGUCACGAUCUUCAAAGGCCUGGUCAAGAUGCGCGUGAAACAUUUCCCCGCCCUGUUUCUGUUGCUCAAUACAAUUAGCGGGUUGGUUUUCGGAACGCAAGUCGCAGCGCUCCUCGCGUGGCUAGGCCUGUUGGCGAGCUGGUCCUACCUGCGAUUCUACAAGCGGCAGCCAGACCUCAUGGGCACAUCGACAGACGGACAAGGAAUCAAGGGUGAUGCAAGCGAGACUUUCGCGUUCGCUUGCCUCUUUCCAGACGUUAUGCAGCCGCCGAUUGCAUUUGUCUCUGAUCAGAUCUAUAUGCUCCUCGUGGCACUCAAAAUUUGCACGCCAUUCUCGGAGGAAGACAUUGCAUCCGGGAACCAGCAAGUCCUCGCCAGAGGUGAGGCCGGUCUGCCCAGCCUGCUCAGCAACCAAAGAGGCGGAGGAAUGCGUGGUAUAGGAAAACGUGAAGAGGUUGAACGAAGACGGGCGCUGGCACUCAAAGCGUUGGACCAGAGACUCCAAGCCGCCGCCGCCGCAGGAAGAGCUCAACCCCAGUCGUCUACAUUGAAUCAGGCCGGUCCCAGCCACGCUCACGCUGCGACCCCGACUGUCUCGACGGGACAGAGUAUGCUGGGGGAAACGAGCUACACGCCUGAUCAUGCAUGA